CCUAGUCAUAAUGUCUAUAAUGUAAUUUCCAUAAUGUUAUGUCCAUAACGUAAUGUUUGUAAUGUAAUGUCUGUAACUUAAAGUAGGCUUUAUUAUUUCUGGUGUUUUUCCAGGAUUUUGAUAAUUUACAGCCCUUAAGUUUGGGCCCCUAAAAACACAAAAGGAGCUGAGCUUACAAAAAAAAUUUUUUUAUUUUCAGAGAAAACAAAACAAAAAAAAGACUGUUUUUGUCAGGGACAUUACAUAAUGUCUGUAACAAAAUUGCUACUUGCUCUCAUUUACAAAGUACAUCCAUUUUGGAAAAAAUCUUAUUAGCAAAUUCACCUUUGUGUUGAGUUCAAUUAGAUUUGUUCCCCUGGUGAGUUUUUUUGGAAUAAAUGUGUCUUACUAAAAUCAUCUUAAAUCUUACAGCAUGCCAGCUAUUUUCACACACUUUUCACUGGACAAAAAUACACAGCCUCUCUGUGCCAUUUCCCACACAGUCGACUUUCAGAUUACUGUUUUUCAAAUAAUUUAGGGUCUCCUCUUUCCAAAAAUCCAUGAUUGGGCUAGAUAUGAAAUGUUAAAUAAAUUUCACCAUUUAAGCAGUUCUAAAAUGGAAUGGCCCUGAUGCAUUUUCUGGCAACCCUCUGUGGCAAAAUUGUGCGUGGAUUUUUUUGUUGGUUUGUGUGUUUGUUUUCUUUUUUUUAAACAUUGUCUAAAAUUACAUCAAACUACCUAUAAAUAUUUAGCAGAUGUCCAUGUUGUCAGUUUCAGCUGCUGAUAGAAUUCCUGUAGCAGAUAAAAGAAAAUAUGAGAUGUAUUUGGAAAAGUUUGAGACCAGUCGUACCCACUACCGACCAGAUGGAAAAGAAAAUUUACAGAAUGCAACUAUUUUCAUGAAGGAGAAGUUUGAAAGUGUAGGAUUAGAUGUAGAGUUGCAAAAUUUUACCACAAGUGACACAACAACAGGACAGGUAAGCUGUUAUGUUAUACUGAUUAAACUGGCACACAUCUAAAUCUUUGCAGUUGGCCCAAAAUAAUAUGCAAACAAACUUCAACUCUUUUUUGAGUACUUGUGUUAUGCAGAUAGUUUGAACUUAACUGAUCUUCCUUUGAAACUUUUAACAAUGAAUUUAUUUACCUUGAUGAAAAAGCAAACAAAAGGAAAGCAAAUUCAAGGACAACUCUCUCUGUUUAUCAUGUCAUUGUCAAUUUUGACACCUUUUUAAUCCAGAAGGUACACUCUAAAGGGGGCUCCAGAGGGUUCCCUCUGGCACUCACAUCAUUGCUUCCUCUGACAAAAUCUAGCUAUGGCCUUGAUAGUAAAGUGUACUAGCUUUUAUGUUUAUAUUAGGGUGACAUGCAAGUUAAGGGGGCAAUUUGUCAAACUCAUGAUAAUUUUACACGACUAAGAAACUUUUUGACAAACUUGAUGUACAGAACCGUUGUUAAUAAAUGUCACUCAGACUUUUAUCUCGGAUGAUACUGAGUAAAUCUGUUGACUUGCAUGAAUUUUGUUUCAGACUGCUAGUGGCACAAAUGUGAUAGGCAUUCUUAAAGGUCAGUUCUUUGGUACUGCAAAUGAUGAUGCCAUCAUCCUUGGAGCUCAUCUUGAUACACAAGGUCUUCAGCAGUAUGGCGUUAACAAUGACGGCUCUGGUCUCACAGCUCUUCUUACUCUGGCUGAAGAUCUCACAGGUGAAUUCUUCUAUUUCCUGUCUAAUGCCAUGUCCAACAAAUGACCCAUUUUACCUGUUUCAUUGCAGUGCAAUGGUAUAAAAUGUAAGUCAACCUUUGCUCUACUGGGUAGAAAUCCAUAUCAGUUUAUUUGAAGGGGGUUGGUUUAUGUCUUGCAUAUAUGCUCUUUAAAUUAAGUAACCUGUUAAAUAAUGGAACAAUUUUUCUCAUAUUGUAUGUUAUUGAUGAUAAGUAUGAUACAAUUCCUUCAUUUACCCGCAUGCUCUCCAUCUUGUCAAAUAUGGUGGAAAAAAGGUAGCAAUUUGGCACAUAGGUAGGCAAAUUGGAAGAGCCUGGUGCAGAUACUCAUUGUAUGACCAGCCCCUUUCAACAUUUCCAAUCCCAGGAGUGAUGGUGAGGUGAUUUCUCGUCAAUCAGAGCAUUGAUGAGGACAAAUAUUUACAAUAUCCAAGAGUUCUCAUUUGAUUCACUGGUAACACCAAAAUUGUUUGCAAUGUAGGGUAGGCACUAGUUAGAGAGAAUUAAUAUUCAGAUUGUAGUUGUGAUAGGGUCAAGAUUCUUAAUUUUUUCCUCUGCAGAAAAGGACAAGUGUAUUCAGAAUCACAGCAUUCUAUUUGUUGCCUUUGAUCGUUCUGAAACAUUUGAUGUGCAACAGGGCAAUGCAGUAUGCAACAAAAGCUGUGGAAGUAAGGCAUUCAUCGAUGGUAUCUCCAAGGUUCUUCAGGGUGGCACAGUCAAGAUUGCAAUCAUUAUGGAUUGUAUAUCAAACUUCAACCUUCAGAAGGACUCCCAAAGAGAAUACAGGCAACCAGUAAAGGAUUAUUUUAGUACAUUUGUUGAAAUGCAGGGGUUGAUUUAUGAAAACAAAGGAAAUUAUCUGGCAGUGAUUGGAAGAGAGGAUGAACAAGAUGCCAUGAGCAAUUAUGUUAAAAUGUUUGAAGAGGUUAAGACAUAUUCACAGUACGUACCUGUUGAGUUCAUGUGGAACUUCAAGGGAAAACCCACUGGCCUAAAUUUGACAAAUGUAGAGACAGCAUUUGCAAAGUCAGACACUUUGAGGUGAGAAAUAGUUACCACUUGGUCAAAGUCAGCUUAAAGGCCAAAAAUCUACCCUCCCAAUGGUUAUUAUCUAGGUUUUAACAGAAAGAAGCAACAAGGAUCACUGCGAUCUCCCCUCAGUGGGAGACUGAUUUGUGGCUGGGAUUAACCUUGUUGGUGCCAACCCCACUGUGAAGUCCUGUGCCAAUGAACGAGUUGCCAGUAAUCGGAUCCUUGUGUUUUCGCACAGAUUUUUGGGAUCGCCACGGGGCAAACAUCGCAACUCACUAGAAGGAAAUGUUUGGCGAUCGGUUGUUCCGACGUCCAAAAAAAUGAUUUUAGCGAGAGAUUUUCGCUUUUUCGCCGCUCUUUUAUCAGAAAUGGAUUUGACUAAUGCUGAGACUAGGGAGGCGUAAGUUUUUGUUUGAAAAACCAUGUAAUAUGUAGUAAAAUCUACCGAUUAACUAGUCUCCAUGCGCAAGGUUUAUUAUGAAUUUGACGUCGCGUAAUGGUCUCGACAUUUUGAAAACAUAACUUCAAAUCGCCAAGGAAUAACUCAACUAAGCCGUUCCAGGUUUUAGUACGUGUGUUAAGUCUACUUCUAGCGUUUUUCGUGAUUUGGUAACACAAAAGAGCGCUAGAAGAGCUAACUUGAGGCAGCAAGAGAUUGAAAUGGCGUGCUUGUUCAUUAAAUAUUGCAAUACAUCAAAGUGCCGAAUCACCUACACUGCUUCUUUGUUGUGAUGAAUGCGAACGAAUCAGCGUUAAUAAUCGGCUCAAAACUGAACCCUUUCUUCUGUGACGAUGAGUGAUACAAAUUGCACAACCGAUGAUAUGUCCACAGUUUCUGCCGGAAUUACCGUGAUCAUGCUUUUCCUGUCGAGAUCCUUCGAGGAGUUCGAGAAGAAAAGUUGCAGCUCAGAGGCCUUUGGAUUUUUCUCAGACAAACUAUCACUUGAACGAGGGAUUUCCUCAUGUUUUUCAUCGCUUAUUUCAUCCUUUCAGAGAGCAACAGCUCGGUAAAAAUAAUUCCCAUCUCCGUGGACAACGACUUCUUUGCUCAACGGAGGUAUAUUUUCAAACGUCGCAAUUUGUACAUUAAAUACGUUAAAAAGCAUAAAAACAGGCUGUACAUAUAUAAAUACAACUGAAAAGACUUAAAUGAGUUAUUUCCUAGCGAUUCCUGGCUAACUUUGUAAUAUUUCGAGACCAUUACGCGAUGACGAUUUCACAACAGACCUUACGCGAGGAGAGAAGUUUUUCGGUAUUUUUUUAUGACAUAUUUCGUGGUAAUUCCAACAAAAACUUACACUUCCCUCGUAUCAUCAUAUCUUUAUCCAUGUGUAAUAAAACUGCGGCGAAAAAGCCAUAAUCGCUCGCAAAAAUCGUUUUUUUGGACGUCGAUAGAACAUUUCGCCAUACGCUCUUUUACAGCAAGCUACAAUUUUUUUUUUGUUUUGUUUUUUUUUUUGCCCCGUGGCGAUCCCAGAACUCUUUGCGCAAACGCAAGGAUCCGAUUACUGGCAACUCAUUCAUUGCAAAUUGACUUUUUUCAGAAUUCUGACUUGUUUUAAGUUUAGGGGCCAGGUUAUCUUACAUCUGUAGCGGAAACUUGACUGUUACUCUCUAAACUACCAUAUACUGAUUACAUCAUGUAGGCGCACAAACUGCAAAUUGCGUGACAUACUCAAUACAUCAUGUGGACAGUGAAGGGUUAAAGCCCAAGGAAGUUCAUAAUGUGAGAAUUUCAUUUAAAUCCAACCUAGAAUUGAGGCAAAUUCACUGAAAAUGUCCAUUUGAGAUACAUUGUUGUAUUUUACAUUUUAUUUUUAAUGUCAUGUUAAAACUUUCAUGGUCAGUACAACUGAAAAAGCCUAUCACUGUGAAGCCAAAAUAGAAAUGGUUCAGUCUUUACCUGGCAAAACAUAACAGAACAUGAUGCUUUACUUUGUCUUGAGUAAUGAAAAUAUGUUAGUACUAUUGUUAUUCAAAAGUUCUUUUAUUUUAAUACCAGUUUUUGGGAUGCCAACAUCAAGUCUAUACUUUUGACUGACACCUGUUAUCAACGAGACCCUUUGUAUACCUGUAAGACUUCUGUUUGGUGUGACAACUCAGCAAAAGCUUCACUCAACGAUAAUCUCGGCUUUGCAUAUUCUACAGCAACUGCAGCAAAAAACCUCACCAAGUAUUAUGCUUGUACAGACAGAGGUAUCGUUAGCCAAUUAAUGACUAUUCACUUAUAAAGGGAAAUUUGUGCAAAGAUUAUUUUUAAGUUUUGCUCAAAUGUAAAAUGAGAUACAAUCAAACUCGCAAGUAAAGGUCAUGUGUAGAAGAUAAUACCAGGGGGCUAGAAUCAAGGUAUGAAUUGUAAAUAUAAGUGACUAGAAAAAUUUGUUCAAAAGAAUUACAAUUCAUUGUCAAUCUUACUAUGCAUACUUUGCAGAUGUGAAUGAAUGUGUUCUAGGGAAUGCUGAGUGUUCCAAAGAUGCAACUUGUAAAAAUACCUUUGGGUCUUAUGAGUGCAAGUGCAAGGAUGGAUUCACUGGAAAUGGCUUUUCUUGUCAAGGUUCGUACCUGAAAUGCUGGUUGAUUAGUACCCAUCUUAGGGUGACUAGAGAAACAUUUUGCUGUGGAGGUCGCCAAGUUGAUGAUCAGUGUUAGACAGUCAUGUGGCAAGUUGUAGCAUUUAUUGUAACUUAGUUUUUAGGUCCGAAUUAAAGUGUGAUAAACAUUUUCAUAAACCAAUUUGCCUCUUUCUUCCAGGUUUCCAUAGCAUUAAGUCUUGAUGUUGCUUCAUGCUAUGGUCACAUAAUUGUCCAAAGACAAAAAUGCAAGCAAAAAAAAAGUCAUACUGUAAACUCCAAAGACAGGUGGUGUGGUCAGCAUUUUUGUGCGUUGCAUAGUAUAACACAGCUUCAUUAUUCCAUUCUCUAGUAACAAAAUUAAAUUACACUCUACCAUAUCAAUGUAUUGGCUGGCAGACAGGAUGAGAGUACAAAAAAGUUCCUACUAGAGGAUGUUUUCUGAUUGACCACCAUAUUCUCUGAUAAACUUGGUUACAAUUAUGAAGAGAUGAAUGAAUGGAAGUUACGAGAAUCAACAUUAAGCUCUUGGGAUGUAAAGGGUAAAUUUGAAAACCUUUCAACAAUCUCUCAAAAUUUGCUCUUGUUUUUUUGCUUCAUACAGAUAUAAAUGAAUGUGCAGAGGGAAGCAAGUGUAACAAGGAUGCAGUCUGCACCAAUUCCCCAGGUUCAUACCACUGUAAAUGCAAGAUGGGAUUCAAGGGGAAUGGCUUCAAUACUUGUGUUGGUGAGUUUUAAUGACUUGACCUAGGAAAACCUUGACUUUUCUAUUACUAUUAUUAUUAUUAUUAUUAUUAUUAUUGUUGUUGUUGUUGUUGUUGUUAUUGUUGUUGUUGUUGUUGUUGUUGUUGUUAUUAUUAUUAUUAUUAUUAUUAUUAUUAUUAUUAUUGCAUUAAGUUUGUACUCAGGGCAAGUAGCCCUUCCAGCCAGAACUUAUCAUGGUUUCCAUAGCAUGAAGCAACAAGAAGUAUUACUACUCCCCUUUGGUUACUCUCAGGUGGGAAGAGUUGUUACCUUCACAGGGGAAGAGUUGUUACCUUCAGGGGGGAAGAGUCGUUACCUUCAUGGGGGAAGAGUUGUUACCCUUGGGGGGAAGAGUUGUUAUUUUCAGUGGGGAAGAGUUGUUAGCCAGGGGGAGAAGAGUUGUUACCCUCAGGGGGAGGAGUUGUUAUGUUCAGGGGGGAGGAGUUUUCACCCUCAGGGGAAGAGUUGUUACCCUCAGGGGGGGAAGAGUUGUUACCCUUGGGGGAUGAGUUUAUUUAACUCUAACAUUUUUUUCUUUCCUUAUCAGCCUCUGGGACUGGAACUGCAGCUGCCAUAUUUUUACACGUUGUGAUGCUAAUGGUUGUAGGCCUUCUAGAAUUUACCAUGUAAAGUGUGUCAGGGUACAUAUUUUUUAGACAGGAGAUCAUUAUUUAUUGUCUGAAUAUAUUUUUGCACACAGAUUUUUAGUUAUUAGGUAAACUUACUUCCAAAAUUUUAUCUCACUAUACCUCUAUAAGUUACAGGCGAGUACAAAUUCAUUUUCUGGUGGUUUAUUUCACUUUUUUAUUGCAAUUUAUUCAUUUCCUUUAGCUUUUAUUUUAACCUGUUUUAUCUCUCUCAUUCCGUGGAAAAAGCGAGAGUUUUAAUUUAGAAUAUGAAUUGAAACCUGUUGUGAGUGUGGUCUCUAAGGCAUUGAAUUAAAGAAUUUUGGUUUUUCAACACCUUAUGUCUACUGCAUCCCUUACCAAUAAUUGUUUUAGAUUAAAAUUUAACAUGCACAUGAUGCAUAUUGUUACAAUCGUGGCCACAGUUCCUCUUCCGUAC